UUUGUUGAAAAAAAAAAAAAAAAUUAACCGGCAAGCCAUAAAUCUUAUGCUAGCUCGUCGGUCGACGAUGGUUCUGUCUUUGCUCCUCUUCCCCAGCUAACUUGCAGUAGAGGAUAGGAGCCACAGUCUGUUCUUCGCUCUACUUCACCGCUGCCAACCUUAAGAUAGUUCAAUAAUUGGUCGUAUGUAACACUACCACUGUCAGCUUGGAGAAGAAGAAGAAGAAGGAGGAGGGAUCGAGGUGAUUGAGAUCGAAGAAUAGUAGAGAGGUUGGAAGAGAUUGGUGGUCUGUGGAAUGCUGGCAGUGUCGCCGUUGAGGAGUUCGGAAGAUGGGAGGAACCACAAGGAGGAAAGAGGUGGAGGAGAAGAUGGGUAUGAGAGCUACCCUUGUCUGCUCCCUGUGGGACUGGAGCUGGAUGAUUUCUUCCUCACCAUCGAUGAUGGGGAUCUGCUGCCGGAUCUCGAGAUGGACCCCGAGAUGCUUGCGGAGUUCACGAUCGACAGUCAGGAUCUGGAAAUGAGUGCUGCCUGCGAAGAUGACGGGUCACUGAGGAUGCAGGAGGAGGUUGCCUUGGCUUUUGCAGAAGCAGAAGAACAGAAGAGCGAGUUUGCUGCGAGCUAUAAAGAUGCUAACGAAGGGAGCGGCAGCUCCUUGGUUGAAGAUGAUCAAGAGGGGAAGGCGAAAGGAGGAUCGAAGAAGGGUUCUUCCAAGGAGAGGGAGGUUGGGGGAGGGAAGAGCACGGCACAAUCCAAAGCUCCCCAACCAGGAAAAAGAAAAGUUAAGGUGGAUUGGACGCCUGAGCUACACAGGAGGUUUGUACAAGCAGUGGAGCAGCUUGGGGUGGAUAAAGCCGUUCCCUCGAGGAUCCUUGAGCUCAUGGGAAUCGACAGCCUUACACGGCACAAUAUUGCUAGUCACCUUCAGAAGUAUAGGUCACACCGGAAACACUUGUUGGCAAGAGAGGCGGAAGCUGCUAGUUGGAGCCAACGGAGGCAGCAGGCGGCGUAUGGAGGGACGGGUACAGUGGGGUUGGGGUGCAAGAGAGAUGUGGUGAAUCCCUGGGUCGGGGUAGCGGCGCCGGUGCCGUCCCUCGGCUUCCCGACUCCCUCACCACCUCCACCGCCGCCACCAGCAGCCAUCCAUCAGCACUUCCGGCCUCUGCAUGUUUGGGGACACCCCACUGUGGAUGUGUGGCCAAAGCAUGUGGUUCAUUCUCCUCCCCCGUGGGCAAUGCCACCUUCCCCUCUCCAACCGGACCCCAAGUUCUGGAACCACCGGUGUGCUGCCGCUUCAAAGGACGGUUGGGCUCAUGGUGCUCCUACUCCAGGGACGCCCUUCUUCUCCCAGACGUUGCAGCCGAGGUUUGCUGCGCCUCCUGUCCCAGGAAUCCCACUUAAGCCAGAGAACAACAUAUCAGAUUCACAGCCAAACUUUGACGCUCUGCCGUCGAAGGAGACGAUAGAUGCAGCAAUCGGCGACGUCUUGACGAAGCCAUGGCAGCCGCUCCCACUUGGGCUGAAGCCCCCUUCCUUGGAGGGCGUUCUGGCUGAACUGCAGCGGCAAGGGAUCUCCAAGCUGCCGCCGGCAUGCGGUUAGCUGGCCAAUUGAGAACCCCUUCAAUUCGACGACAUAUCCUUCAUCUUCUUCCUAUUGUAGAUGCAAUCAUCUGUUUUGCUUUUCUUUCUUUUCUUUCUUCUUUUUUCAUCAUUUUCCUUCUUUGUAAUGUUGAGAUGAUCCUUGUAACCUGUCUUUUUAUGCAACGAGGCUUGAGGAUGACGAUAAUGACUCGAACUUGACAAAACGUUCAUAAAUAAAAACCUUGCAUGAGCGCUUUCAUUCA